ACAAGUAAUAACAUUUGCCUAAAUACAGGCAAUUUUCCACCUCAGUAGAUGUGAGUUACUGUAAUAUAUCACUCAAAUCCCUCCAAAAUCCCCUUUAUUUUCAUGAAAUAAGAGCAGGAAGAUAUCACUGGGAUUUCCCUCCUUUUGUUGCUUUGAUGGCACGGGGCACUACUGGAUACAUUUAUUUUAAUCUGUGCAGUUAUUUGGACUUCCCUCUAAAAUCCCCUCAGCUAUAGUGAAGGCACGUGAGCACAGGAAACUUGCUAACACAUUUUUCUCAUUAAAACAAAAAGAGUGUGAAGUGUUAUUACAUCAGUCUCAAACAACUGGUGGGUCAGUUGCUGGCCUGUUUUAGAGAGAACAAAAAGGGCAAGGCUGGUGGAAUGAAAUUUAAGUGAUCUAAGACAUAGUGAUUUAUCCUAAGAGAUAAAAAGAAAGGUAGAAAUAAAGGUAGUGGUAAAGUUGAAAUUUUGUUGAAAAGCCAAGGGGCUUUGGUUAGUUAGUUGGCAUAGGCAAAACGCAGCAGCACUAAAUGCAGCACAGUGGUGGGGAAGGUGUCUCCAAGUACAGCUCUACCCAUCCAGAAGAGACACUGCCCUGAUCUCCAGACCCCAGCCACAAGUUGGGCCAAAUCUGUUGGGGACAGCAGAAGUUUUCUAUUUCUACAGGUCAAAAGGCGUUCCUUUGUGCACCAAGGUACUGAGAGCAGCAGGACAGAUGAGGUUAACACAUGGUGGGCCCGGGUGACCUGGGAAAGAUGCAAACAUCACCUUCUUCCUUAAGACAAUUCAGUAGCAUUGCCCCAAAUAUUCACACACAUCUGUGUCCUAAAUAGGAAUGAGUUUCAGGGUUUAUGUAGGCAUCUUUGUCAGUUUUGGCAAGGGGUUGGAAUUGUGGUGUUUGAUUUUUGCUGUGAGCAAUGAUAAUUUAAAAUAGUGUCUGUCAAGAUAAAUAUUGCAAGUGGUGUGAGCAGUGUAUGAACGUGUACCUGUGUAUGAAAGCACUUGAAGAAAGAGCAGGCACUGAAUGUCCUGUAUUGAUCACCAAAAAUGCUGUUUCUAACUAAUCAGAUAGAAAUGGGUGUUUCUGUCAAGCCUGCAAGAAGGCCUGAUAAGUUAUCCCUGCCAUAGUUUCAUCAGCGCAAGAUCCUAAUCUAACACAAAAACAACACAGAUUGUCCAGCGUCACUGCUGCUGCCCCUUUUGCUCCCCACCCAACAGGAAGGCAGCAGCGAAAGCAAAAGACCACUCUCAAUUCUCUAAGAGAUAGAGCCGAAAAUAAUUUGUUUCUGGCGUGUUAUGAAUACCCUUGAGAGAAAGGUUAGCGCCGGAUGGGACACCAGCUCAGCUCUGGGACAAGGACGGCGACUCGGCGUGGGAGCCUCCGCCCGCCACGGAUUUAUUCCAGCUUUCUCCGUGUUUCCACGUACUUGGCCCACCCGUCACUGGAGUUGUGACCUAAAGGGACGUCUUUCUUUCUGUGCCCGGUACAGCUACACGGCAAAGCAGAUUUUCUCUUCCAAAAUGACUUUACGAGCUCUGGUUUUGUGUUUGGCAUAUUCUGGGCUUGGAAAGGCAAAUGUCAUUCCGCAGGCUGGACACGCAAAAGUGAGGAUGGGUGACAGUGUGACUCUGAGCUGUGCCCUGACAAAACCCAUGGAUGUUCUGCAAGUGACAUGGCAAAAGGACUCAGAAGAAUUACAUGAUAAUAUAGCUACAUACAGUAAAACAAACGGAUUAAGAAUUCAGAAGCCCUAUGAAGACAGAAUGAAUUUCACAAGUUUGGAACUCAACAAGACAAGCAUAACUUUUUGGGACACUAGAAUGGAUGAUUCAGGAUGUUACAAGUGUCUCUUCAAUGUUUUCCCUUCUGGUCCUCUCUCAGGAAAUACCUGCCUGAGUGUUUUUGGUCUCAAUGUAUCUGUCCAUCACAACAUUUCUGAAGAUCAUUUGAUAGUGAUCUGUAAUGCUAAUGGCCUCCCAGAGCCCACCAUCACCUGGAACAACCUGUUCAAUUCCACUCCUACAGAGAAGACAGUCAAGCACAAAAACGGGAUUGUGUCCAUCACCAGUAAACUGGAAAUCUACAAUAUUCAGAGCAUCAGUGCACAGGAUUUGAUCUGCAGAGUAAGCAACACAAAUGAAACAUUUGAAAUGCCUGUGAAAAUAAAAGGAGAAGAGGUAUCAUCAUUGCUUUGGCUGGUGAUUAUUGCGGUGCUUUUAGUAGUCAUCAUAGUUCUGAUUCUGAUUAUGCUGUUCUGGAGGAAGAUCCUAUGCAGGAGGAGUUGAAGUGGAUCCUGAGCAUUUCCAUCCAUCUACCAGAUCAUUAGAAGCUAUCAGUCUGAAGAGAACAUUACACAUAGUGACUUGACUGGCUGGAAAGAAGCAGCAAAAAAAGGAGAAGACGUCAUAUACACUGCCCUGUCUGGAAGCCGAGUUGAUCACUGAAAUUACUAACACAACAUUUGCUAUCUGGUCUAGGCCCUUAAUGUUAAAAUGUAGGACUGGAGGGACCACUUCGUCUGCUGCUCUGCAGAGGAGGAGGUUUUGUCAGGCAAAACCUUCUUUGCCCGUGCCACUCUUGGUACUGCUGCUGGGCAAAAUGUAUUUGUCUUCUUCCAGCUGAGUAUCGAAAAUGUCUAUGGGUUGAAGCUCUGCAGACUCUCUGGGGAUUCUCUUCCAGUGCCUAAUUGAUCUUGCAGUAGAGAGGGAUUUAAUUUUUGCCAACAUCAGUCUGCAAUUUCACUUGCAGCAACUCUUGAGUUCAUCACUCUCUUCCUGUCAUGAUUUUUCUUCUCUUAACCAGUUGUUAUAGCUCCUUUUUCUCUGGAAAGAUCUGCUGGACUCAAAAUCACAGGGCUCAAACCACACAUUUGGCAAAAUUAUUGGGGAAGAGCAAUAGGUCUCCAAGUAGGUGACUAAAUAAAGGCAGUAGCACCCACAAUUUGGGAAAAAGAAUUGUAAGUAAUUUGUACAAUAUAUAAAUAAUUUACUUUCCUUUUGGCUUUGAUGAGCAUUUGUUCAUGCAUUUGAAAUACUCCUUCAUACCAGAGUGCAUAGAAUUUUGGAUUGUGCCUUUUAUGUCAUAUGUUUACUAAGGGUACCAACUGUCAAACUGAAAAAUCAGCAAUGGAGAUUUAAAACUUAGGACUCGGUGCUCAGAGCAGGUAUUUUGCUGGUUCUAGAGCCAUGGCCUAUCCAGAGUCUGGUAAAAACUUCAGUGUGUCUGUCUGCUUGAGUUACUGAGGAUGUGAGGGGUGGUGUUUGCUCUACUACUGUAGAUGCAAUAUGAAUUAUUUAUUUGUACCUUUCACUUUUUCUAAUUAAAAAAAAAAAAUCUGAUCCAACCAAAACACCAACUGGUCCCUUUUUUUUAUUUUUUCCUACUUGUUUGAGAUACCAGAAAUGUGUCAUUAAAAGCUGGGCUUUUUAGUAGUUUUAAUUUAUAUUUUGCUUCCUUCCUGAACAGAAAAUGGGACUUCAUGGGACUUUUAGGGUGUUUUGGGCUAAUUUUUCUUUUUAAAAGAAGGUUUUGAACAAAACUUUUGAGAUAAAUUUACAGAAGUAUUUUUGACCACAGCAGCUGCAGUUUAGUUCAGAUUUGAAAAUAACUUCAGUCAAUUAAAACAGUGUAUUCUUUAUUUUUACACUUAUUGUCUGUGUCAUGUGUGUUGCUUAAUUAUUUUUUAUCUAAAGUUAUGUGUUCUACUGAUACAUUGUCCGUCUUGUUUUCUGUAUUUCCUUGGACAAAAAGAAGCCAAAUAAAGGAUAUUGAACAUAA